AUGGAACCGCGCGUCUCGUCGCCGUCGGAUCGCGCGUUCAAUCGGUCGCUCCAAGGAGGACCCAGCGGAACCUUCGAUACCAUACCCUUAAGCGAAGAAACGCGUUUGCCAAGAACGCUACCCUCUAUCCCAGAAAGUGAGCCUUUACUCCGUGAUCCGAUCGGUCGCAAGAAUGUGCAGUUUGACGCGCAGUCGCCCCCCGCGGCAAUCUCAGUGUCCAGCUCGAGUAGCAGUUCUGAUGAUGAGGAGGUUUCGAUCGCGGAAGCUCGGCCCCCGGACGGGGGGUGGGGCUGGGUGAUCGUGUUCGCAUCGUUCAUGGUCAAUCUUAUCGCUGACGGCAUUACAUUUAGCUUUGGUGUUUUCUUCCCGCAUUUCUUGGAGUAUUUCGGCGAGGGUAAAGGAAAAACUGCCUGGAUUGCGGGCAUCUUUAUGGCGAUGCCGCUGCUAUCCGGUCCUAUCGCAAGUUUCUUAACGGACAGAUAUGGCUGUCGCCGCGUGACUAUAUUUGGCUCUAUUUUGGCGGCGUUUGGAUUUGUGAUUUCCGCCUUCGUAGAUAAUAUGGAGACAUUGUUUUUGACGUUCGGUAUUAUGGCAGGAUUUGGACUGAGUUUGUGCUAUGUCGCUGCAGUGGUUAUAGUUGCUUACUAUUUUGAUAAGAAGCGUUCUUUAGCAACUGGUAUAUCGGUAUGUGGAAGUGGAAUCGGGACAUUCAUAUUUGCGCCACUGACAUAUGUUUUAUUAGAUGAAUAUGGAUGGCGUGGAACUACUUUAAUAUUGGCUGGCUUUUUUCUCAAUAUGGCCGUUUGUGGGAUGCUGUUCCGAGAUUUGCCCUGGACCACUACAAUGAACGAAGAAAAAGCAAGAGAAAGAAAAAGAAAAAGGGAGAAAAAACGAAACAAACGUUUCGAAUCAUCGGCAGAUAGCUUCUCAGAUAGCAAGAGUAGCGCUGCUGGUUCAACUAAAGUGACGGAACCCGUAGAUAUAGAAGCGGUUGCAUCAAAAAUUGUACCGCAAUUUAGUUCGUUGGUAGACCUACCGACAUAUAUGACGAAGGGUGAAGGAGUAUCAUUGGAAGUGUUUGAAAUGAUGUCAAAUAAGGGUAGAGCGUAUGCUCUUUUAGCGCAAAACUACCCUGGAGUAAUGUUGCCAUCACGAAGCUUUAGUGACAGUGGUCGUUUACACGAACAAUCACCACCAAAAAUGAUAAUGUCUCCUGGAGCUAUCACACCAGGUACAUUAUCGCCUGCGUCUGGUCCAAGCGCACCAGAGAGAGCUGCGAGGGAUUCUUUGAACGAAAAGACAGUAUCUCUAUGGUUGAGGCGGCAAGGGGCUGGCUCCACCAAGAAGCCAACGGCGUUUUUUAAAGAUUUGAGGAUUCACAGACAUUCGUUAACGUACAGAGGUGCUAUGCUCAACAUAAAUAGAUACAGACUUCGUGCGUCUUCCUGUCCUAAUAUAUUUAGAAAUUCCAUGACAACUAUUGCCAAAGAAAAGGUGCAAUGGUACGCUGGUCUAUGGGACUUUUGGGAUUUAGCAGUUGACAUGCUGGAUUUCUCGCAUUUUCGCAAUCCGGCAUUCUUAGUGUUCGCAAUAUCAAACUUCUUACUAUACAUGUGGUAUGACGUGCCGUACGUAUAUAUCGCGGACAAUGGUAUGAGCAUGGGCUUCAAUGAAUCACAAUCGUCCAUGUUGAUAUCGAUUAUCGGUAUCUUGAACAUGUUUGGAGAGAUCUUACUAGGAUGGGUCGGGGAUUGGCAGUGCGUAAACCCAAGUCUAGUUUACGCAGGUUGUAUGGUCCUGUGUGGCAUUGUAACAUUAAUAAUGCCGCUACUAACCACAUAUCUCGGUCUGGCGGCCGCGUCUGGCGCCUUCGGCGCAUUUAUAGCUGCCAAUUAUUCAUUAACAAGUAUCAUCCUUGUGGAGCAAAUUACACUGGAAAAGUUUACCAACGCAUAUGGAUUGCUACUGCUUAUGCAAGGUCUGGCCAAUCUAGUUGGACCUCCUUUGGCUGGUUGGGUCUACGACAUAACUAACUCCUACGAUCUAUCGUUUUACUUGGCCGGUGUUUUCAUAGGCGCAUCUGGCAUCAUACUAUUUAUGUUACCACUCUACAACUGCAUUAAAAGAAAGAACACACAUACAAAAGAAACCACGACUAAUGGUAAUGAACUUCAUGCUAAUGGCACCGUGAAACAAAAUGGUGGAUUCAUA